AAACCGCUUCGAGUGAUCGAUCAGGCGAGGCGUUCGACCAUUGAUAUCCUCCCUGUUAAAGCCGGGAAACGCAGCAUACUCCUUAAAUUAAUUUUCAAUUUUUGCAAUAGAUUAUUUUGGUUUUGUGUUGUCAGCAUUCCUUUUUAAUAUACAGCGUUAGAGCUGAGAUGGCGCUAGACGGGAGUUUCAGUCUCGAAUUUGCGCUCAAAAGGUUUCUAGCGCGCUGCCCUGAGCUCAGAAGCAGGCCGCGGUUCGCCACGCUGGCGAGGGAGGGAAGUGUGCUACCUGAGGAUGAAGUGAUCGUUUUGGUGGCUGAUAUAUUUUUGCACGAUACCUACACAAUCCCAUUGAUGGGGUGUUUUCGGCCUAUAUCACGAAAAAUUGUGGAAAAGGUGGUGUCUUCCCUUCGACUUGUGACUAACUUAAGGUCCAAUUCAAGCUCCAUACAAAGAGAAGUCCAUGAAGAUAAUGAAAUUUUAAAAGGAGCAGAAGAUUGUGAUGAUAACCUUAUUGAUUUUUAUGUACGAAAGGGAGAGGGUUUGAAUCUUCACGAGCUUGCUUGCCUGGCUUUCUGUCGCGCACUUGAUUUGACUCCUUUUUUGUUGGGGUCUUUAUUGGAGUAUUUUAAAUUUGCUCCACCACCUUUUCAGCGUAUUUUGGAAGGAGGGAGAACUUUGGAUUAUCCUCGCAAGGCUGAAGGUCGUCUGCUACAUGUUGUGCGAAUAUCUUACCGGAUAUUGCUGGCAUCACCUGGGGUGUUCUCUAAGCUUUGGGAUUGGUCUUGUUUCAUGGAUCUUGCACGGCAGUCAUUAAGCUUAUUGGGCGGCAGUAAAUCGAAGCAGGAGAAGGAGGAUAUAGCAGAUUUAAGAUGGUGUAUAUCACGAAUACUAUCAGUUAUUCUUAAAUGGGGGGAUGCAGGAACCUUGGAUCUUGAUGUUGGACCUAAAGAAGGAUUUGAGUGCCUGCUACGCUGGGAAGAAUUUUGUUGGGAUGUUUCGUUGGAGAAAGCAGGCACUUAUAUUGAGCCAUCUGGGAAAAUAGAAUCAGAUGAGAUGGUUGAUGUCCAUCAAGAGUGUUGUCUAGAAUCCCGUGGUUUAUUUUCCCUGGGCUCGUCGCCGUUCAGCUAUAGUGAGGCAUGGCCUCGUCAAAGGCUCGCAACAGGGGAUGAUGAAGCAGUUAAUGCACCAUUUGUGUUGACGUCGACAACAAAGAGAAGUUUUCAGAUGGUCCUAUUAGCAGUCUCCCAGAGAUGGCCUGUUCUUCUGUAUGGUCCCACAGGUGGAGGCAAAUCUGCACUUGUUAGCAAGUUGGCUUGUGACAGUGGAAACCACGUCUUAUACAUUCAAAUGGAUGAUCAGAUUGACAGCAAAACGCUGAUAGGAAGUUAUGUAUGUACGGAGAAACCGGGUGAAUUUAGAUGGCAACCUGGAUCACUUACUCAGGCCAUUCAAAAUGGACUUUGGGUCGUCUUUGAGGACAUUGACAAAGCACCAUCUGAUGUGCACUCCAUCUUGUUGCCUUUGCUGGAAGAUGCAAGAUCUUUUGUAACCGGUCACAGUGAGGAAAUAACCGUUGCGGAAAAUUUUCGACUUUUCUCCACUAUUUCAACACCCAGAUUUCAUGCAUCUUCUAGUACUGGAGGCUUUAAUUUCCCUGGGACUCUGUGGAGGAGGGUUGUGGUCAGGCAACCAACUCCUGAAGACUUACAAUGUAUGGUGAAGGCAUGGUAUCCAAGAUUGGAUCCUCUUGCUGAGAGGCUAGUUGAAACAUUUCAAAAUGUAAAUGCUGCGAUCAUGUGCAAAAUUGGGGACUCUGUUUCCGUUGGCAGGUUUUCGACAAGGGAUCUCCUUAAAUGGUGCAAGCGAAUAGAAGGAUUAGGUUUUAGCUUAAUGGAUGACCGGUUAUCAUCUUACCAGUGUCAUUGUAUUUAUCAAGAGGCUAUAGAUGUUUUUACAGCUUUUUCAACAUCAGCUGAAAACCGGUUGAAAAUAAAGAAAGACAUUGCACGACUGUGGGGAGUUCCAGUUUCGGAAGCUGAGAGAUUACACCCUGAUAUGAAACCUGUAAUUCAGGAUAUGCUCUCUGAGCUAAGAAUUGGGCGUGUCACUCUCCAACGAGCUCAAAAAGCUCUACACUAUGGGAGAAAACCAUUCGUUGAAAUUCGUAUAUCUCUGCAUGCGAUUGAGAGAAUAGCAUGCUCUGUUAAGUACAAUGAGCCUGUGCUCUUGGUUGGUGAAACUGGUACAGGGAAAACCACACUUGUACAGAAUCUUGCGUCACGAUUGGGCCAGAAACUCACUGUUUUGAACUUGAGUCAGCAAAGUGAUAUUGCUGAUUUGUUGGGAGGAUUUAAGCCUUUGAGUGCACACUAUGUAUGCAUCCCUCUAUACAAGGAGUUUGAGGAGCUGUUCUCAAAGACCUUUUCGGCAAAGGUUAAUCUGACUUUUCUGGAUAGUUUGCGAAAACAUCUGAGUGAUAAAAACUGGAAAGUUUUGUUGAAUGGUAUGCACAAGGGCGUAGAUGCUUUGAAGCAGUCAAAAGUGGAAGAUUCUAGACAUGGGAAAAAGCGGAAGAAACCAUUGGAUGAGGAAGUGGUCAAUGCAUGGAAUAAUUUUUCUAUGAAACUUGAAGCAGCCCGUGCGCAAAUUGGUGCGUCAUCUGCUAUGAUCUUCUCAUUUGUUGAAGGAGCUUUUGUACAUGCUCUUAGGAAUGGUCGGUGGAUAUUGCUUGAUGAGGUCAACCUGGCUCCUUCAGAGAUUUUGCAGAGAAUUACCGGAGUACUUGAAGGAGAAAAUGGGUCUCUCUGUUUGGCUGAGAGAGGUGAUAUCAGCUACAUAAAGAGGCAUCCCAACUUUCGCAUAUUUGCGUGUAUGAACCCAGCAACUGAUGCUGGGAAACGGGAAUUACCAUAUUCUCUGCGCACUAGAUUUACCGAAUACUUCAUCGAUGACAUCUUGGAUGAGGAGGAUCUGACUCUAUUUGUAAAUCAAUUUUUGGAAGGUGGACCUUCGAAGAGAGAACUGGUAGAUAAAAUCGUGCGUUUUUACCAAGCUGCUAAAAAAGAGUCGGAGGAGAGGCUUCAGGAUGGGGCUAAUCAAAAGCCACAAUUUAGUUUAAGGUCCCUCUUCCGUGCUCUAGAAUACACAAGAGAGGCAGAAAAGAAGUUUCCCUUUGAAAAAGCCUUAUAUGAUGGAUUCUGUAUGUUUUUUCUCACUUUGUUGGACAGACCUAGUGGCAAGAUAAUGAACCAAAUGAUUUUGUCAUACUUAUUGGGAGGGAAAAUGCCCGGACAAAAACCAUUUGGCUGUUAUGUGACAACCACGGAAGAGCCUGUUCCCAAGGAUUUUUGUGAGAGUUAUGUCUUGACAAAGAGUGUCAGAGAACAACUUGGAAACUUGGCGCGUGCUGUUUUCAUCAAAAGAUAUCCUGUCCUUUUACAGGGUCCCACUUCCAGUGGGAAGACUAGUCUUGUGCGAUAUCUUGCUGCAGUAACUGGUAAUGAAUUUGUGCGCAUCAAUAAUCACGAACACACAGAUCUGCAGGAGUAUUUAGGUUCUCAUGUCACCGACACUAGUGGGAAGCUUGUUUUCCAUGAAGGUGUUUUAGUUAGGGCUGUCCGCAAUGGUUAUUGGAUUGUUCUGGAUGAGCUUAACCUAGCCCCAUCUGAUGUGCUGGAAGCAUUGAACCGAUUGCUAGAUGACAACAGAGAGCUUUUUGUGCCUGAAUUGCAAGAGACAAUCAAAGCACAUCCAAAUUUUUUGCUGUUUGCAACUCAAAAUCCACCAACAGUAUAUGGGGGACGUAAAAUGCUUUCUCGAGCAUUUCGCAACCGUUUUGUGGAGAUUCACGUUGAGGAGAUUCCUGAAGAAGAGAUAAGCAUAAUCUUGGAGAAUAGGUGCAAGAUUAGCGGAAGCUAUGCGAAGAAGAUGGUUGAAGUCAUGAAAGAUUUGCAGCUGCACCGGCAGGGUAGCAAUGUAUUCGCUGGAAAACAUGGAUUUAUAACCGCUCGUGACUUAUUUCGUUGGGCUAAUCGGGUUAGGUUUCAAGCAAACACUUGUGGGGAUUGCUUGUCUUCAAAACAUCGCUAUGAGGAUCUAGCUAGAGAAGGUUAUUAUCUUUUGGCUGAAAGAUUGCGGGAUGAUAAUGAGAAAUCUGUUGUUAAAGAUGUGCUCAAGAAACAUUUUCACAUUGCGCUUGAUGAUCAUAACUUGUACAAGCAGGAGUCGUCUGAAGGACCUGCUGUCAACUUGGACAAUAUUUCCAACAUUUCAGAGAACUCUGGAAAUGUCACCUGGACGAGGAGCAUGUGGAGGUUGUAUUUUCUUAUUAGACGUUGCUAUGAGUUGCGUGAGCCCAUUCUUCUUGUAGGAGAAACUGGUGGUGGGAAAACUACCGUCUGCCAGUUGCUAAGCACUGUUUUGAAGUCAAAACUGCAUAUUCUGAACUGUCACCAGUACACUGAAACUUCUGAUUUUGUGGGGGGUUUCUAUCCUGUUCGAGAGAGGUCGAGGUUGAUUUCCGAGUUUAAGCGUCUUGUUGAACAAGUGAUGCUUUCAAAUACUUUUGUCUUCUAUCCCAGCACUUUGACAAUUUCAGCUGAUAUUGGUCAAGCUUCUUCAACUCUCAACCAGCUGGCUAUGAUCAUAAACAGUUAUCGACAGGGUCUCGUCACAUCUCCUAGAGUCACUUCGCAAGAUGUGGACUAUUUCGAGCAAACAAGAGUGGAACUCGAGCAGUUGUACCAGAAAUGGCAGACUAUUUUUAUGUGGCAAGAUGGCCCUCUUGUGCAAGCAAUGAGGGCUGGUCAUCUCUUUCUUGUGGAUGAAAUAUCUCUGGCUAAUGAUGGUGUACUUGAAAGAUUGAAUAGUGUCCUGGAGCCGGAAAGAACUCUGUCUUUGCCAGAGAAGGGGGGGUCUCUACUCGAGAAAGUUACUGCUCACAAAGACUUUAUCCUUCUUGCAACCAUGAACCCUGGUGGUGAUUAUGGUAAAAAGGAGCUAUCGCCUGCUCUUCGUAAUAGAUUUACAGAAAUCUGGGUACCUUCUGUUGGUGAUCCUAGUGAACUUAGAAGUAUUUCUCAGCAAAGCAUAUCCAAGCGAGAGCUUCUGUUUGUCGUGGAUCCCAUGAUAAACUUUUGGGAGUGGUUUAACAGAUUACAGACUGGGAGAACACUGACUGUGAGAGAUCUCCUCUCUUGGGUUUCCUUUAUUAAUGAGGCAGAGAGAAAUUUGGGUGCCAAGUCUGCCUUGCUUCAUGGGUCUUUCCUCAUUCUCCUUGAUGGACUCACUUUAGGGACUGGAAUCUCUAAGAGCGACGCAGAAGAGCUGAAAGACAAAUGCCUGCAUUUUCUUUUGGAACAGUUACAGGUUGAUGAAGAUACUGCCGACUACCGAAAGCUUUCAAGGGUAGAAAAUUAUUGUUGGGGUGAGACUAUAAUGGCAAAAAAUUUUCCUGGCAAUCAUAAUGUGCAGUGUGAUAAUAUAUUCGGCAUCGACCCAUUCUACAUUGAGCAAGGACAUGAAAACUGUGAGGGUGGGGGGUUUGAAUUUUUAGCACCGACAACACGAAGAAAUGCCUUGCGGGUACUGCGGGCGAUGCAGCUUAGAAAGCCUGUUCUACUUGAAGGCAGUCCUGGUGUUGGGAAGACUAGUUUAGUUGUCGCUUUGGGCAAGUUCUCUGGGCAUAGAGUCGUAAGAAUUAACCUAUCAGAGCAGACUGAUAUGAUGGAUUUGCUGGGCUCAGAUUUACCUGUUGACAGUGAUGAAGGAAUGAAGUUUGCUUGGUCUGAUGGUAUACUCUUACAGGCACUUAAGGAGGGUUGUUGGGUGCUGCUUGAUGAGUUGAAUCUUGCUCCACAAUCCGUCCUAGAGGGUUUGAAUGCUAUUCUAGAUCAUCGAGCUGAGAUUUUUAUCCCAGAGCUGGGUCUUACCUUCAAAUGCCCACCAUCUUUCAGAAUAUUUGCGUGCCAAAAUCCUUCAAGUCAAGGCGGAGGCCGAAAAGGCCUUCCAAAGUCCUUCCUGAACCGUUUCACGAAGGUUUAUGUGGAUGAAUUAGUUGAAGAUGACUACAUCUCCAUCUGCAGUUCGUUAUAUCCAUCAAUUCCAAGAUCUCUUCUUUCCAAGUUAAUUUUGUUCAACAAAAGAUUAUAUGAGGAAACAAUGAUUUUCCGCAAGUUCGCACAGGAUGGCUCACCUUGGGAAUUUAAUCUCCGUGAUGUGAUUCGGUCAUGUCAAAUUAUUCAAGAUGCACCAGUCAAGUCAAAAGAUGACUGUUUCCUUAAUCUUGUGUAUGUCCAAAGAAUGCGUACAGCAACUGAUCGUAAAGAAGUUCUACGCCUCUAUGAACAGGUUUUUGAGGUUAAGCCAUCUGUAAAUCCUUUCCCGCGAGUGCAACUAACUUCUCAUUACUUGAUGGUGGGGAAUUCUGCCAUUAAAAGGAACAAUGAGCUGUUACCUAUAGUUUCAAAUAAGCCGAAAAUUAUGCCUGGAAUUCGUCAGAACCUGGAAGCUGCUGCUGAUUGUGUAAAGUAUCAAUGGCUGUGCAUCUUGAUUGGUCCUUCUUCCUCUGGAAAGACUUCACUUAUAAGAAUCCUUGCUCAGCUCACAGGCAACGCUCUGAAUGAAUUAAAUCUUUCAUCAGCAACAGACAUAUCUGAACUACUUGGUUGCUUUGAGCAAUAUAGUAUUUUUCGCAAUCUGCGCCAUGUUGCUUCUCAGAUUGAACAUUACAUGAAUGAGCUUUGCAGAUUACGAGUAAAGUACUCUAUGGAAGCAUCUAUAAGUGGAAAGAAAGAUUUGAUUUCUGAAUGGCGUGCAUUCCUUUCUCACAUCGAGCCUGGUAAUGUAUUCAGGUCUGAUUUAGGGAAUUUGGAGGAAAGAGUUUCCAGUUCAUUUUGUGUGUUGAUCAAAAUUGUCGAUCAACUUAAGUUGUAUAGAGAGGCGAGCUCCUUAUCCUUGUCUUGGUCAAUGGAGGAACUAGAUAAUAUCCAAAAUAGAAUUUUGAAAUUGAAAGAACUUAACCAAAGGAUGACCUUUUCAGCAAAAUUUGAAUGGGUUACUGGAGUAUUGGUAAGAGCCAUUGAAAAAGGAGAAUGGAUUGUUCUGGAGGAUGCAAAUCUUUGCAAUCCCACGGUACUUGAUAGAAUUAACUCUUUGGUGGAGCCUUGUGGGUCAAUUACCAUUAAUGAAUGUGGGACGGUUGAUGGGAAGCCUGUUGUUCUUCACCCACACCCUAAUUUUCGAAUGUUCCUCACAGUCAAUCCAAACCAUGGUGAUGUUUCACGAGCUAUGAGGAACAGAGGAGUUGAAAUAUUUAUGAUGCCUCCUUUUUGGCUACUGGAUUGGAAAAGUGGAUGUUGUCUUAGAAAGAUGGAACUGAAAGACGACGUCGAAAGAUUCCUUGUUGAAUCAGGCAUUCCGUUUCGCUCAUUGGUGGAUGCAAUGGCUAACGCGCAUAUUUACGCUAGGGAUGUAGGUUUACGUGUACAUGUUCAAGUCACGUACUUUGAGCUUGCACGAUGGAUACAGUUAUUCCUGCGGCUUCUUGCAGAGGGGAGCCGGCCUUUGUGGAGCCUUCAAAUAAGUUGGGAGCAUACUUAUUUAUCUUCUCUUGGGGAGUCUGAAGGGGAAACUAUUGUCAGCUAUGCAAAGAAUGAAUUUGGGUCUGCCUUCGAUGUGGUUUCUCCUGGAUAUCCCCUGUUUUUGCCUGGGGGGUGGCCAUUGCCCUUGAACUUGGGGAGCUUUGUCCAGUAUCCAAAAGAAACUUCAGUUAAACAGAACUGCAUGUAUGUUGAGUUCCUUGGGGCAAGGUUUGUGAAUGGCUCUGCGAUGCCUUACUUACUUGAUAUUGAGACAUUGCAUCAGAUUAUGUUUCCUAAGGACACAAAUCAAAGGCUUUUGUGUCGUAGUGGAGGUACAACAUCUGAUUUGGCUCUUUUCAGUAAGAAGCUACUUUUUGCUGCUAACUGGGCAAUUGAGCAGGCAAUGGACAGUGAUCUAGAGCUGUAUCUCCUUUGGUUUGAAUUACAUCCUUUCUGUCAGACUUUUAGUUCCUUCUUGACUUCAUUUAUAAAGGAAUUGGAACAUCCUAUAUGGAGAUACAUAAAACUGUGUGCUCACAAGCUUAGAUCUCUUGAUGAAGUUAAUAGAGAGUGUCCAGUACCUUUGCUUUCAUCUGAAUUAGUUGAUUUAGUUGCUAUGAGUGAUGCCUCGGCUUUGUCCAGUACCUUUCUCUCAAAUGCUAUUCAGUCUGUGGUUAUGCUAAGGCACAGUUAUCAACAGUGGACUUCUGAGGAAAGGCACGACUUGACUGGUGAAUUUAAGAAUCUAAGUCCGUUGUUAAAAUCGUUGCGUGUUCUGGAGAAGCAGAUUUUGAAUAUACUUAUUGAGUCUCCAUGCUUCGAUGUUCUGUUCAAGUUAUACAGUCGCCUUCUUGAAGAUCACAUGCAAUUUUGGGAAAGUGUUGUAUCAUCCCAGUUUGAGACCUUGCUGGUCUUUUGGCGUUCCUUGUUGAAGGUUGCUGAGAAAUUGCAGGUUUUUCAUCCACAGGCUGUUUCAACCAUAGCUGUGUUGGAGGAGAGUAGGGACCUGAUUGGAGCCUCUUCCUGGAACUUACGUACCAACAAGUCAUUGCUAUGGGUAAAUUGUGGGCAUCCUCUAUUGCCAUAUUCUGCCGGGGUGUAUCGUGAACAGCUCAAAAUAUUCAAGUUUUGUGAAUCAGUUUGGAAGCAUUCUGGUGACCGCAUUGGCCUCAUUGCAUCUUCCUGUCUUGAUCUCCGCAUCUUGGCAAUGCAAGGUGUUUGCCUUGCAUCACAACUAUCAAAUAAUCGCACUGAAGAUCAAAAUGUGAUUGUCAAGCAAUUAGAUGAGAUCCAUAAGAAGCUCUUGGAAAGGUUUGAAUUUGAGAAGCACAAAGUGGAGACUAGUAUGAGAUCUGACGAAGAUGCCUAUAUUGAAGCAGACUCAGCUUGUUGUGCUCUCCUUCCUCAGAUAUUGUGUUCUGACUUGGGAUUUUCUUGUUGGAUGGAGACCCGUCCGAUGAAUGAUUGCACUAGUUUUUUCCUUGACACUCAGUUGCUUCAAAAUUUAUCAUCCAUUGUGCUGAUUGAUCCUGCGGAGUCCCACCAAGCUCUAAGCAGUGUUUCUCAACUUCUGGAGUCUUCUCUGAACUUUUCUUUAACCUUCUCAUCAAGACCUUCACAGAUGUUUGCUCCACACCAAAAAGCUCUGUGGACAUUGGAUUCUUGGAUGUUUAUUGACGCAGUGGAUGUGAGAAUUGCGGGUAUUGUUCUCGAAAUGUGGGGUAUGUGGCAUGCAUCUUUGUGGAGUCUUUGCUUUCCAUCCUUGGUAAAUAAAUCCUUGAGACAUGAUGGUUACGAUAUUCCAUUACCUGAUGUGAUCAUGCGGCCUUUGAGAACAGCAAUGACAUUGCAGAUGCAGCAACGUUCCUUUACUAUCAAGGAUUAUUCUUCACACUGUCUGAAGGUUCGAGUUGCUACAUCCAAUAUCUGGAGAAGUACUAUGCGAGAGCCUGAUAUACCUACUUUUCUCCUAUCUUCUGCUCGAACACUUCUAUCACAGAUUAUAUUUGCCCACCAGAAGUCUUUUCAGUCAGGAAACUUCGCUGCGAUCAAGUCUAUCAUUUAUUCAUUACAUGAAAGUGAAGUGAAGGAAAAUAGCAUUCAGCUGCUGAGCACACUUAUUUUGUCGUCAAGCCAUGAAGGACUGAGAAAUUUGGUGAAAACUUCCAUUGAGCCAGCCUUUAGAGAACUUUAUGUUUACUGCUCACAUUCUGAUGUUCAAUACCUUGGACAUGCAUGGUUACAUAUUGGUGGCAUGCGGUAUCAUCUCUUGGUUAACUCUGAUGAUUUGGAUCCUGCGCUGAAGUACUCUUGUAAGCAGUCAUCCAUAGCAAAGAAGAUUUCUUUGCUUAAACUUGAAAUAGAGGUUCGAGAAGAGUGCAACUAUUUAGCUGGGAGUUUCUCCGCAAGACAGGAUAAUAAGCAGAGAUUGCAAGUGUUAGAGCAUCUAGAGAGAGAACAUGACAGGAUCCAAAGAAAGGUUGUGUUUCGCUCAGAUCCUAGCAAAUUUAAAAAGUUAAGAGGCGAAUUAAAUGAUUUUUCUUUUCUAGUCAAAUCAUUGAUGCUCUUGGUGAGCAAUAUUGAGGGGACAGAUUCAGUUCAGAUUAUCCACCGAGUCUGCGACUGGCAGAAAACUUCUACCUCCUUCAUUGAUCGAUUGUCACGUGAGUACAUUGAGUAUCUUGAUAUAGUUCAGCCAGUUCAAGUUGCAGUCUACGAGAUGAAACUAGGCUUAUCUUUGGUUUUGUCGAGUGUCUUAAAAGAGAAUUUUCUGAAGAAACUCCUGGAGGACGAAAUGGAGGGAGUUUUGGAAACUCUUCAAUUUUUUAUGAGAUUCCCUAGAUGUGGAUUACACGAAUUUGAUGUUAAACUCAUCAGUGGGCUGCCUGAUGUCUCAUCGUAUGAACUAGACUUUCCAUCAAUUUUAUCAUCAGCAGAUGUGACACUGCUCGAGAAGUUGGUUUCUGUUGCAUGUGUCAUUGAUGCUGAUGAAAUGGACGUAUGCACCCAGCAACUUAAAGCCUCUGUUCAACACAACAUUCUUGUUCGGAUUGCUCAUUAUGUGGCUAAUUCACGACUUAUGAGUGAUUCAUCAUUCAUGAUGAUGGAGAAUAUCUUUGCCACAUUUGCCGACCUUUGGAUGGCCAUGAAAGUUCAAGCCAAAUUAAAAGAAGAAUCUUCUUCUCAGCAAUUCAAAUUUAAACCUCGAGCAUUUGACAUUAACACUGUCGUUGAAGUAAACAUAUCUAGUCUUAGUCAGUCAUUUGCAAGUGAAAGCUUUCUAGAAUGGCAGCAGUUGGCGGCAGAAGAAGAAAGCACUGAAAGGGCUAACGAGGUUGAAAGUGUGGAUGAUGCAUGGAGUUCCAUUCAAGAACCUGUUUUGAGUGAUGUGGUUAAAAUCCACAAUCAGUUAUUUGGGGCGAUCGAUCUUGUUGUUGCGCCUGAAAGUGUCACAAUGUCUGAUGAAAGCAUUUUGAGAAACUUCAUGGAGUCUUACAGAUUGGGAGCAGGAAUGAUGAAAGAUUUAGGAAGUCUCAAUCUUGCUAGUUUGGACACAAGGCUUAUGCCAGAGCACUUGCUUAAUCUUUCUUUGAGCCAUGUUCCAACCACUCUCUCUGGCCGUGGAUAUAAUUUUUAUAAGGAUUCAAAUGCACACGAUAUGGUUAAAAUGGUCAAGCUCCUGCUUCCGUUGGAAAAAGCCAUUCUUGCUCUUAUGAGCGAGUGGGAAGAUCAUCCUGGACUUCGGAAAAUGUUGGAUGUGAUUAGAAUGCUGCUGGCACUUCCUGUGGAUACUCCCCUGGCUAAGGCUCUUUCAGGAUUGCAGUUCUUGCUCAACAGGGCUCAUGUGUUACGUGAUAGUAUGCCCAGAUUGUCUUUAUCUGAUCAACUGGAGCCUAUUGUUGCUUUGGUGUCCUCAUGGCAAAAGAAGGAAUUUGAGUGUUGGCCAGUCUUGCUAGAUGAGGUGCAGGUUCAGUAUGACAUGAAUGCUGCCAAGCUUUGGUUCCCAUUAUAUACAGUUAUCUAUAGUCAUUCUGCUGAUGUCUCUGGAUACAAUGAGUCAACAAUACAAAGUUUGGAGGACUUCAUUCAGACAACAAAUGUAGGUGAAUUUAGAAGACGCGUCCAGUUGGUUCUUGCUUUUCAUGGUCAAAUCAACACAGGUGUACGACUUGGAAAAUAUGCAAGUUCUGGUCACAAGGAAAAUCUGAAAGUUCUGUACAAUUUAUUUGGACUUAACAUGCAAUUUCUGCCAAUAAUACUGGAGUAUAUGGAGGCCAGUAGAAGUAGUAUUGAGAAGGAAAUUAAAGAACUUAUGAAAUUUUAUAAGUGGGAAGAACGUGUUGAGAGCUGCUUGUCCAUUGAGACUUCAAAAAGGAUGAGGCACAGGUUCAGGAAGCUUAUUCAGAAGUACAGCGAUGCACUGCAGCAACCUGUGAAAUCCAUUCUGAACCAAAAAACUGCAGAAAGUGGAAUAGAUGCUCAGUCUCUUCGUUCUCGGAACUUUUUACAUGUUUUUCUGGAUGACGACACGGGGAUGCUGAAUGCUGCUUUUGAUCUGACAGCUGUUAACAACAAAGACCGAUUUGUCUGGUACACAAAUUGGAGGAUGAAAGUAUAUGAUGUUUCAGAGAAUCUGCACACUGGGAUGACUUCUGAAUCUGUCAAGAUGUUGCCACGCUUUAAGCAUUCUGAAGAGGCCAACAUUCCCAGGAAGUGUUCAGCUACUCAGAUGGUUGUAUAUGAGGAAGAAUGGAAGGAUCUUUGGUCAACUCUUGAAGAGGUGUAUAGGCAUGUAUUGGAUUGCGGCAAUAUAUGGAAAGAUGCGACUAAAAAUAUGCAAAAGAGAACUGCUAUGACUGGUCUCCUAAAGUGUUUAGAAAGCAAGGGCUUGUCAAAGCACAUGUCGAUGUUGAUCGAGGACCAACUUGACUCUAGCUGGUUGCAUCAGUCGUCGCAUGCAAUGGGGCAUCUGCUGUCAACAUGUUGUAGACUGUCAUCUAGAGCUGUGGACAUUUCUUCUCCUUUUGAUUCUCAUGGCAUUCCAGUUGACACGUUGGAAAGUGAAUGGAAGAUAGCCAACGAAUACUACUUCAAGAGCAUUGCAUCAAUGCAGCUUCUACGGCAUAUUCGUUGGAACUUCCACAAAGAUUUCACUCUUGAUCAGGUCACACGAUCAUUCUCUUUUGUGUGCCAUCUAAUAGUUAUUCAGGAAGAGCAGCGGGAUUCCAUGUAUGAUUUAGCUCAUCAUUUGAAGUGCUUGCGUAAAUGUGUAUCUACUCUCGAACAUGUAUAUUCCGAUUCAUCUCUGGAGUGCACCAUUGCUAGGAAUCAGCAUGCCACAUUGGAAUGCUUGUGGCAACAAAAGCAACUAUUUGACCGCUUGUGGGCCAUGUUGCAUGAUGGCUUGCUGUUGCUAAAAGUUGUGCAGAACGCUCAUUUGAAUGACUGUCAAAGUAUUCGUGCCACUGCAAAUGAAAUUCGAACCUUUUUUGAGAGGUUUAUUCCAGCCAUCCACAAAUCCAAGGAAGCUUUGGAUCAUAGUCUUCUCGGUCAUGAUGGAGCCAUAAAUGUCCUCAACAGAUCCUUGGAUGCUAUUGUAGUUUCAACAGAUGAGGAAAUGCUGGUAUUCCAGAAUUUUGAGGUGCUAAAGGAGUUCGAGGAGCAUCUCAUUUCAUUUCGCAAUCAAUGUCGUGAUGGAAGCUCUGUGAGGUCCAUACUGCUUGGUUGUUUGGAUUACAUACUCAAGCAGGGGAAACAGAUGCAGGAACAGUUCAGAUCCGCCUUAGCAGCGAGAAUGGAGUUGACAUCUAAACCCUACUCUGAACUCGAAGUGGAAUUUCGUGGGGCCUUAACAGUGGCAUACGAACAUGUUAUGCACGUGUUGCAGAAACUUGCCUCAGUCUGUGAUGGUUCUGGUCUUUCUAAAGAACCGCGACAGAAUAUCGCCUCAUGGAAAACUCUGUUCAAAGCUUAUGCAAUAGAUUUGGACAUAGGCCCAUUAUGUGACAAUACUUUCAGAGCAAUUCGUUUGGCGGAAAAAUUAAUUAAUUUCCCUGGUCAAGAAAAUGCGGGACUGUCAUUGCACAUUGGGUUGUAUUUCAACAAAUUGCACGCUAUGUUGAGCGUACUCUUGGAUUUCGGGAAUGCUCUUCUGAGAGAUCUUUUGAUUGUGAACAGAAAAAUCUCUUUAAUGACUCAUAUACUUGCGAAAGAUCUAGCUCUACUAUACACAAGAGGGUUUGGCACAUCUCUCGAAGAUCAGGUGGAUGAGAGUGGCCAUGCCACAUCUCAGAAUGCUAGAGGAACGGGUAUGGGUGAGGGGGAAGGAAUCAAUGAUGUGAGUGAUCAAAUAAUUGAUGAGGAUCAGCUUCUUGGGGAUUCUGCAAAGCCAGGUGAAGAACAAAAUGCCUCCACAGAAGUCCCAAACAAGAAUGAGAAAGGGAUUGAAAUGGAGCAGGAUUUUGCAGCUGAUACAUUUAGUGUGAGUCAGGGUUCCACAGAGGACGACGAUGACAACAGCGAUGGUGAGGAACUUGAAUCUGCAAUGGGAAAAAAUGGGGAUGACAGUGAGGUUGUUGAUGAGAGACUUUGGAACAAGGAUGAUGAUAACAACCCAGAAAAGGGAAACGAGAAUUAUGAAUCUGGACCUUCCGUCAGAGAUAGAGAUGAGAACCAAAGGGAACUCAGAGCAAAGGAAGAAGAUACAACGGCACCGGAUGAAGCUCACAGUAAUAACGCCGAUGAAACAAAUGAUGCUACUGCAGAUAAGGAUAAUCUCGUUGAUGUGGAGGAUAUGGACACAAAUAUGGAUUCCGAAAAAGCAGAUAUGGAUUCUUCAGGAUUAGAGGUAAAUGAGUUGAAUCAAACCUCUGAAGAGGGCAUGCAGAUUGAUGACGAAGUAAAGGAUAUUGAUGCUAUGGAAGAGGCAGGUCAAGAGGAGCAAGAUGAACCAAUAGAAAGCGAAUCUAAGCAAGAGAAAACGUAUGCUGUGGAUGAAAGUUUAGAGGAGGCAGAAAUUGAGCAAGCAACUGAAACUUCUCGAAAGGAUGAUGGAGAUGCUGUCUCUGAUGAAAGUCAAGCAAUGGAUUUAACAGCAGAGAGAGACUUGCCAAGUAAAGAAAGUUCCAGGAAUGAUGAUGAUUAUGUCCCUACGGCAGAUUCAGGAGUACAACUGAGGUGUGACUUAGGAGCAUCGGAUUCAGUGAAUGAAAGGCCAGAAAUGAACUGGUCGAAUAGCAGCAAUACUCGAAAUGAAGUAGCUCCUGGCAGAAACUCACCUUCUGGUACUGAACCUGAAACUAUGGAUGACAAUUUAUCACAAGGUGGUAGAUUAAGUGAUGAUCAACCGAAACAUCAGCUACCUAUGGAUGAGCCGUCACCUCUUCCAAGACCACAGCCAAAUCCCUAUCGCAGCAUGGGGGAUGCACUUGAAGGUUGGAAAGAGAGAGCAAAAAUUCCUGUUGAUAUUCAAGAACACAAACAGGAGGCACAGGAUGAGAUGGAGGAUGGAAAAGCAGAUGAGCAUGCUUUUGUUUCUGAGGGUGAGAAGGGGACAGCACAAGCUUUGGGACCUGCAACUGCUGAACAGAUUGAGCACCAAAUUGAUGGCGACAUGGUCAAUGAAAAGAAUUCAGCGGUAGACCGUACUGAUGAAGUUGCUGAGAUGGAAACUGAGAUGCAGAGUUCAGAAGAGCCUAGACACGAUUUUACUUCAAUCACGAGAAAGAAACCUGAGGAGAUCUCAUUGCUUUCUGAUUUGGACAAGUUGCCUAAUGAAGGAUCUCCUCACGGCCAGGAUCCUCGUGAAAGUAAUCCUGGAAAUUUGUCUGAGAGCUUGGUUCAUAUCAACAAAGUACCUACAGGCAAUGACAUUCUUCAGCUCAGUGAGAUGUCUAUCGGUGUUGACAAUCUGCAAAAUGGCCCAGAUUUCCAAGAUAUUUCCAGCGAUGCAAGAGAUAAUGCUGCCUCUCUUUGGAGGAGAUAUGAAUUGCGUACUACGAGACUGUCUCAGGAGUUGGCUGAACAACUGCGUCUAGUGAUGGAACCUACUUCAGCUAGUAAGCUCCAAGGAGACUAUAAAACUGGCAAAAGGAUAAACAUGAAGAAGAUAAUUCCAUACAUAGCGAGCCAUUACCGAAGGGACAAAAUAUGGUUGAGGAGGACUCGACCAGACAAACGUGAUUACCAAGUUGUGAUAGCUAUUGAUGAUUCUCGUAGCAUGUCAGAGAGUGGUUGUGGAGACGUAGCUGUGGAAGCUUUGGUUACAGUGUGCCGCGCUCUAUCCCAACUCGAAAUGGGUAGCCUGGCUGUUGCAAGUUUUGGAAAAAAGGGAAACGUGAGAUUGCUGCAUGAUUUUGAUCGGCCUUUCACGAGGGAGGCUGGAAUGAAGAUGAUCUCCAGUUUGACGUUCAAGCAAGAGAAUACAAUUGUGGACGAACCGGUUGUUGACCUGUUGAAGCAUCUGAACAAAAUGCUAGAUGUUGCUGUCUCCAGAGCCCGUCUUCCUUCUGGACAGAACCCCUUACAGCAGCUGGUGCUGAUCAUCGCCGAUGGGCGCUUCCAUGAGAAGGAGAGUUUAAAGCGCCAGGUUCGGGACUUUCUGAAUAGCAAGCGUUUGGUGGCUUUUCUCCUUUUGGAUAGCCCGGAGGAGUCGAUCAUGGAUCUCAUGGAAGCAACUUUUCAGGGUGGGAAUAUCAAAUUUUCCAAAUAUCUGGACUCUUUUCCUUUCCCAUUCUAUAUUCUACUGCGGAACAUCGAAGCGCUACCCAGAACACUCGCCGAUCUAUUGAGACAGUGGUUUGAGCUCAUGCAGUCCUCUCGAGACUAAGAUCGUCGCAUACAAGCUGAUGCCUCACUCGAGCGAAAGGGCCAUAUCUUGGGGGCGAUGGGUUUGAUAGUCAAUUUAUCGCGUUCGGAAGGAAUACAAGAUCGAUGUGAUACCCGCUCUUAAUCCUGCAAAAAGAUUGUAUGUCCUCAGAAGAUUCGGAGAGCCAUGCAUGUACAAAAAUGUACAUAUGUAGUCAUUUGUACAUGUGGAGUUCCCACACAAAUUCUUUUUGUAACACCGAAGGGCUAUGCAUUUCGAAUGUAACUUGAAAUGCUGCACGGCAUCUUUGUACAAAUUACAUCAGCUCUUCGAAUCUCAAACAUGCUCUACUAGUUUCUGCCCUUCGAUAAGUAAUCAAAUCUCGUCGAUA